AUGCGGCGAGCGGUCCCCCCACAGGUUCGCUUCAUCUGCGAAUCGUGCGCUUCGGUAGGCCGAGCGUCGAAGCAAGGCCUCGGCAACCGACUUGUCCGGUCAGGAAGCCAGCUACCGGGCCGGUCGUUGGUAUGGAGGCCAAUCGCGGCACGAUGGUCGUCGGUCGUGGCCGCGAGCUCUCCUGCCGAACCGGAGACUGCGGCGAAGGAGACGAAUGCUCCCGCGACGUGGCCGCAGAUGACGGACCCCCAGGAGCUCGCCAACGUGGCGGAGGAUAGCGGCAGAAAGUUCCUCUCGGUCGACGGCAUCCCGGCGCAUCAGCUCACGGGUGCUGCGCUGCGGUCGUGUCUACGAGCCGCCUCGGCGCUGCACCCGCAGCUCAAGAGGGCCGAGUCGCUGUCCAAGGCUUCUGCGUCGCGGCUGGUGUCGCUUGGUGCCCAACGAGUCGGCGCCCGGCUGCCGAUCGAUGGCAAGCUCCAGGAGUCCAUCAACAGAAUCUCGUGCACGGCCUACAAGAUCAUCACGCAUCCCAACGUCGAGAUGACGGCCGAGUUCCUCGAGGCGUACGUUCAAAUCCAGUACCAGCUGGGCCGUCCCGAAUCUCUCCCCUCCGUCCUCGACCUGUACGCGACGAAGCCGAAGCCCGUCGUCAGGGACGGCCAGAUCCAUCACGUCGCUCCGAAUCCCAACGCGGCGGUCAAGGCCAUCGAGACGGACGUCGCCGAGAUGGCUCUGCAGACGGCCAUCGACGCGAGGAGCCUCGACUCUGCCCUCGGCAUCGUCCAGGCCGCCUACGCCGUGCCGGCCUUCAAGCGGCAAAAGAUACUCAAGAACGCGACGGCGCCCGCCCUCGGCCUGGCCACCCUUCCCUUUGGCAUAUUCGGCCUCUCCACGGCGUAUGCGUCCUACUGGCAAAACACCAUGGACGUCUCGACGGCCACCGGCCUCUGCGUCGCCGGCAUCUCCGGCUACUUCUUCGUCGUCGGCUCCCUCGGCAUGAUUGCGAAGCUGAGCAACAAGGACCAGAUGAAGCGAGUAACCUGGUCGCCAGGCACGCCCUUGCGCUACAGGUGGCUGCGGGAAGACGAGAGGCGGGCGCUCGACAAGGUGGCCUGCGCCUGGGGCUUCAAGGAGCCAUGGCGGCAUGGAGAGGAGACGGGGCCCGAGUGGGAAGGCCUCAAGGAGUAUAUGGGCUAUCGGCAGAUGCUCCUCGACCGCGUCGAGUUUAUGGAGGGCAUGGGCUAG